AACUGCAAAGAAACUUGCAUGUUUACGACCGAAAACCGCUAAAAUCAUUUCAAAUUAAUGGAUCUUGUUAACAUUAUAUAUAAAAAUGUAAUGCAGUGCAUGAUGUAUUCUGUUAAAGACGAUUGCUUCUAUCUGUAUUUGUAAAUUAAAAUCUGUUAAAAUCAAACGCACUAAGUGUUAAAACACAUUUAUGGCAAUACUCAUUAUAUAUAUUUGUGAGAGAAACUGUGUCGUCUUUAAAAGUAUGGCUUCUUUAUUUUAAAAUCGGAAAUGUCUUCAAAAUUAUUCGAUUAUUUCCUUAGAAUCCUGAGGCCUAAUGGAGACGAAAAUGAACUUUAUCGUAUGAUCGCACUUUUUUAGCAUUUCCCAAUUCUGGGAAUAAAUUAUCAUCAUGGCAGAUGAUAUUGAUGAACUCUUAGAUGAGGUGGAAUCGAAGUACAUUGAUACCGAUAAUAGAAUUUCUGAAGCUCGACAGUCAUCAGCUUUGGCAAAAAAAGCUAAUGGCGAGGGAGGUGUUGAAGAAUUGGAUGCAGCUAUUCAUUCUAUUUGCAGCAUUCCAGAGCCUAUUGAAAGUUCCUCUAUUGUAGGGGAGGCCAAUCUGCAUUUGAAUAAAGGAGCAAAUAGGAAAUGUACUGUGGUUUACAUUGGUGAUAGUUCUGCGGCAUCUGGUUUAUCUAGUGGAAUUACUCAAAGACGCAAUGCUCUGAGAAGACCAAAGCACAGUGCAACUACUAAAAUAUACACCAAAAAAUAUUUUGCCAAGCCUGUCUUUGAACUCUCUGUAAAAGACUUGGAAGCUGAGAGUGCUCGAAGAAAGCAGAAAGAAAUCAUCGAAAAACUUUUUGAAAAGAAACUUGCUGUAGUUACAGAUAAAAUGAUUUUAGAUGCUCGUAAAUUCAAAAGAAUAAAAAGUGAUGUGUGGACCAAUUUUGGUGACGUACGACUUUUGAUCAGUGAAGAUGAAGUCAAAAGACGCAAUAUUGAUCACCAUGUUAUCCAACUUGGGAAAGAAGAAGUUUUACUUUGCAAGUCAUUUGUGGCUUGUGUCAAAUGCUCAGCAGUAUUUAGUUAUGAAAGUCACAGCUAUGGCACUUCAACUUUACGCUCACAUUUGAAGUCCUGUGGCAAACAAAGGUAUAAUCGAAGUGAUAAACCCAAAAAGCCUCGAAGAAUUACUGGUUCAUUGUCAGAUAUGGGCAUGAUCGAUCCUAAUACCAUUCCUGAAAAACCUGUAUUCCAGGAGAAGAUGUAUAAAUUUAGAGAUCAUGCCAAUAAAUUGCAAGAACAAAUUUUGUUAUUUUUUAUAAGCAAAGUGAAGCCUUUUACUCUUAUGGAAAAUGUUGAAUUUAAAGAUUUACUUCAAACUUUUAUUCAAAUAGGUCAUAGAGCUGGCAAUGUUGAUUUGACACAUUAUUUAUGCUCACCAAAUGAUCUUCAAGAGUUUUUAAUAAAUGAUGUUUACAAUCAAACCGAAGAAAUGUUUAAACAAGAAAUUCAAUUUUUGUAUGGAUUGGCCUUCUCUGCUAGUGUGUGGGUGGAUGCAGUUGACAAAAUUCCAUAUAUAACCCUUACUUGUCAUUAUUCAAAUGAGGAUGGUGUUUUCAAAUCUGUCAUGUUUCAUACCUCUGAAUUUCCUUACGAACACAGGACAUCGACAGAUGUCAGUAAACUCUUUCAAGAUUGCAUGUCUCUUAUGCAUAAUGACUUCAAGAAACUUUUGGUGAUUGAUUACUCUUUUAAUAUGGUAAAUGCUUUCAACAACAAUGAGCAGUUUAUCCAGUGUAUAUGCUAUGCUCUGAACUGUGCUGUUCAGACUGUCAUCAAUACUCUCAGUACAACAAAUGAAAAAGAGACAGAAGAAUCUAAUCAAGAUGACGAUGAUAUGGAAGACCCACAUGCAUUUGCAUGUUUUGUAUCACUUAUUAACCAGUGCAGGUCUUUGGUUUUACAUUUCAAAGAAAACAAGUUACAGAGUAGUUUGCCAAAGAGCUUACAAAUGUGUUCCAGUACAAGUUGGAAAUCUGUUUUAUCCAUGCUUGAAUCUAUCAAUAGCCAGUGGGAUCAUGUUCUUGACAUAUUGGUGGAUAGGAAUGAGUUGGAGUUGUUUUAUUUUGAUCAAGAACUUCUUAGUCUUGUUGUUGAUUUCUUAGAAAUUUUCAGAGAUGGCUACAAUGAACUGUCUUCUCUUAGCAGCCCUACUUUGAAUCUAGUCUUGCCUUGGGUUACUAAAUGGAAAACUCAUUGUCUGCAGAACGAAGAUGAAUCGCCUUUUCUGUCUGCUGUAAAAAGCUUCAUGAGUUCAUCUAUUGAUCAAGAGGUUGUGAAGCGGAUUACUAUUCAUCACAAAUUAGCAACUAUGUUAGAUCCAAGGUUUAAAGAGCUGCAAUUCUUGACUCCAGAAGACAGGAUGGAGACUCAGGCUCAUGCUGAAUACAUGGUUAGGGAAUGUCAUGAAACACUUUUGAUGAAUGGUAUUGAUGUCCAUAAUAUCUCAUCAACAAAUGAUCACUUUGCUGAAUUUUAUGAUAACAUGUCUUCAGAAAAUGAUGCCAUGGCAGUUUCACCUAGUGAAGAAGUUGAAGAAUAUCUGAUGGAAGAAUUCAAUAUGGGAAAAUUAGACUUGGAUGAAGAAAAUAAGUUUAAUCCUUUACAAUACUGGAUUCGGGCAAAGACUAGAUACCCAUACUUGAGUCGAGUUGCUCUUUGGGUUUUAUCUUGUCCAGCUAGUGCUAUCCAAACAGAUGACUGCUUUGUUGGAGCAGAAUGGAUGAUUACAAUGAGGGAUACUGAGCUACCUCGUGAACACAUGCACAAAUGUCUGUUAGUCAAAUCAUUUAAGAAUUUUCGUCAGAAAACAUGACAUUCUGAAUGGUUAUGUAAAUUUUUUUUAUAAAUUAAAUUUGUACAGUGUGUUAUAUUCAUUUUCUGUAAUGUUUUGUUGACUGAAAUUCUUUGAUUCUCUUGUACAUGUUUUUCAAAAUUUCUUUGUUUUCAAAACUGCCAAAAAAUAUGUAUUAAUGCAUAAUUUUUCCCCUUUUGUUAUUAAAGCAAAUAUUUUUAA